AUGCUUUUGAUUAUUCUUGGAAUAAUGUUUGUUCCCUAUGCGGAAUCAAUCUACACGUCGGACAUCACUUUCGUCGGCUGGUACUUGAUCUACGCGAUCUUCACUUGCUACACCAUGCUCGCUGUGCGCGAGGAUCAUGCCCUUUACGGCGCCGUCCUCAUAACUUUGGUGCACCUCGGCGCGCGCCUUUGUACUCUUGAGCCCUCUUCAAAUUGGAAAUGCGAAAUCAGCGCCGUCACUCUCCUCUACUUUGGCACACACGUUGUGGGCGUCUUUAAUCGUUAUCUAGUCGAACGUGCCCAGCGAGAGACCUUCAUGGAGACAAGACGCUUGUUCCGACAUUGCUUGAAGCACGAGCGCGAGUACCAAAACCAGCACCGGUUAAUAUUGUCGGCGAUUCCUCGCUUUAUUGCGCUCAAGAUGGUGUCUGACGCAUCCGCUAACGAUGAUUGCGAAGACAAACCUGCCAGCAUGCAAUCGUCGAAGAAGUAUAUCCACAGGUUUAACAACGUCAGUAUGCUCUACGCGGACAUCAAAGGAUUCACGGAGCUAUCGACAGUGCUCUCGGCGGAGCAACUUGUAAAGACACUUAACGAUCUCUUUGCGGAGUUCGAUCGCAAUGCCGAAAAGCACGGUUGUCUUAGGAUACGAAUCCUCGGCGAUUGCUACUACUGUGUCUCUGGCUUGCCAGAAGCAUCACGUGCAGAUCACGCCAGCUGUUGUGUCAAAAUGGGACUGUCGAUGAUAGAAACUAUCAAGGAAACAAGAGCUCAUACGAAGAAAAACGUUGACAUGCGAAUCGGCAUACAUACAGGAGCCGUCCUUACUGGAGUUCUAGGGCUCAGAAAAUUCCAAUUUGACAUUUUUUCGACCGACACUGUGAUUGCGAACAAUAUGGAAUCGUCUGGAAUGGCCGGAAAAUGCCAUAUAUCAAAAGCAACUUUUGACCAUCUAGGCGGCGAAUAUGACGUUGAGCCAGGAACCCCAAACCAGUUUCUGGAGGAUCAUGGGAUCGAGACAUUUUUCAUCAAGCAUCAAAAUGAUAUUGAAUACUUGUCAACAACUGAAAAGUCUUCAAACGCCCUGAACGACAUUUCCACAAUGUCGCUUCUGCCUUUGCCACUGACUCCUAUCAUGCACCGGCAUUCAGAUUUCGAAGAAGUGUCGAGACGUUUGGAGAUUUCUAUUCGAAACGGAACGCACACCGCCAUAGGAAAGAAUAAGAUUCAGAAGAGAACCGUCACAUUCGAAGAAAAUCGGCUAGAAGUUGAGUUUAGGCGCCUUCAUGAUGAGUUUUUCAAGACGAAUCUCGCAAUUGCACUUUUUCUGGGGCUUUUGCUAAUAAUUUGUCAAUUUUUGAUCAGGCCGUACAAUGAACUAUCGAUCAUUGUCUACAUUGGAGCUGGAAUCUUCCUCGCAUUUGGAACGAUAUCGCUGUUAAUAACCCUUGGAGAUCGAAAAGGAAACCCCGAUUGGAUUAUUGGCGCCGCCAAAAAGCUUAAUCGCUCACAGUCUCAACGUCAUGUGGUCAUUUUCUCUGCGAUUUUCAUUAACACUUUUAUCGGACUCUCUGGUGCAAUGACCUGUACUGGGAUGGAAAAAUAUUCGGUUGAAUGUAUUAACAAUACGCUCGAUUUCAUAUCUCUCAACUCGACGCCCUCUUCUUAUCCCGGGACAAUCUGUGAGACUCCACAAUUCUUAGAACUAUAUGGAUUAAUGGUGCUUCUUUCAUGCGCUGCGUUUUUACGCUUCUAUCAUUUGCUCCGACUGGGAACAUUAACUGCAAUUACUGUCGUGUUUUCUGUUAUGAUGAUGUUCACUUAUCGACGACUCUUCUUUGACUGGGAAGCGCGAAUCUCUGGAAAUUCUAUCGGCAACUGCAGUGAUGAAGAGAACGUUCCUCAAAUGAUUAUCAAUCUUCUCGUUAUGAUCCUGCUCGCACUCACUCAGUUUUUUGAAGGCCGUCAAAAUGAUUGGACUACUAGAAUGGAUUAUCUUCGCAAGAUUCAGUCGUCAGUUAUUUUUGCAUCGAUUCCUGGGUUCUCAAAGUACUUUCAGCAAUCAGAAGAGAUAGAUGGACAAGGUCUUGAAUGUUUGCGAAUGCUGAACGAAAUCAUUUCCUCUAUUGAUGAACUGCUCAACCAAGAAAGAUUUCACUGCAUCGAAAAAAUUAAAACGAUCGGCGCAACUUAUAUGGCUUGUGCCGGUCUAAGUCCUGAAGCAGAGACAGAAGAUUCAGUGAACAAUCUUUGUUCGACAGCGCAUUUUGCUUUGGCUUUGAAAAUCCUCGUCGGACAAUUUAACAAGCGUUAUGAGCAAAGCUUCGCCAUGCGGAUAGGACUUGCCUACGGGGGACCUGUGAUUGCUGGGGUUAUCGGGUCAAAAAAGCCACAGUAUGAUAUUUGGGGAAAGAUUGUUAACUUAUCUUCACGAAUGGACACAACUGGAGAAGAAGGAAAAAUACAGUGUACUACAGAAGUAAUGGUGCCACUUCAGAAGAAAGGAUUCAAUUUCCAGGAGAGGGGUGAAACAUAUGUGAAAGGAUUUAAGAAUAAGAUUUGUACAUAUUGGUUGACAGGAUGCUCAGCGGCGGCGAUUCAAUAUCACGGUAAACCGUCGGUGACGAAGAAACAGUCGAUGAACCUCGCGAAACUCGUCUUUGAUGUUUGCAAAAAGAAAGUAGACGACUAA